AUGAGCAAUGGAAUGAAUCGUGCUGAGAGAUUUGAAGAUGAGAAGCGAAGGAUAAUAGACAGUUGCUUCGGCAAGAAAGAUGCGGAGGAUGGGUCAUUGCUAGAGUCGUACAUCACGCAUAUACGGAUCACAGAAGAUGCAGCCUAUCCUACCAGUCCGCCACCGCCUAACGCGAAUCCCGACUCCAAGAAACCCCGGCUCAUCAUUGUAGCGGUGCGAAAAUCAGGACGGGUCCGAAUGCACAAGACGAGAGAAAACGGCAAUGGGACCUUCUCAAUAGGUAAAACCUGGAUCUUAGAUGAUUUGACUGGAGUGAAAUCCUACACGGGCCUUGUUCCUAGUAAUCCCGAGGAGGAGAAUCAUAAGAAAUGGGCUGGUGGGCAAGGGUUUACAGUGAUCAUUGGCAAACCAUAUUAUUGGCAGGCCAAUACCGCCAAAGAAAAACAGUUCUUCAUUGCAAGUCUCGUCAAAAUAUACACGAAGUAUACAGGGGGUAAAAGUCCAACUCUAGAUGGGUUUGAACCGAAGGAAAGGGAUCAAUUGCUUGGAGUAUCUGCUGCUGUAACACGCCCGGUUCCCCCUUCUCUACAGCCCGCCGGCCCACCUCCUCCUCGUCCUUCAUAUGGCCAGCCUUCCCCUCAACCGCAAAAUAGACAGAUGAGACGGGAGCCAUCAAAUGAACGUAUGCGGCCUCCUCCAGGACAAGUGCCACCACUACCCCUCAGUGCCACGUCCCCGUUCACUCCCGGAUCAGGAAGAAAUGGACCGCCAUCACGCAGCCGUCGAGAAGACUCGCCAGCUGGGAGUAUCGAAUCUAGCAGUACGGCUCCUUUACGCAAAAUAGGUGCUUCAAAUCAGAGUCAAGAAUCGUUUGGGAGAGCGGACGACAACAUAGCAAAUUCUAUGUCGUCACGUUCCUGGAAUGGACAGAAUGGCUUGCCAAGUACUCCGGGAAGAUUUCAGGAUCGCAGUAUGACACCAAACUCACUUCGAGCAGCAACUCCAGAUAGUUCUCUCACAACUACACGAGAAGUUGAAGUAGACGCGCCCCCGUUACCAGCACCGGCGCCAUUAUCUCUCCCGCCAGAGCGAAGAAGGCCGCCAAUGCCAAACAUUUCAGAUUCCUCUCGGCCACGGAAUCAAGCCUCUAGCGAGAAUAUCGUUCCGGCGCCGUUGGUCAGUCCUAACAUGCGAAGAGAUGACCUUCGUCCCCCGACACGGAGCAGUGACCGGUCGAUAACGCCGUCCGAUAUGCCGCUACGCAGUCCACGGCCGGAGGCGACAGCGCCUAGCUCUAACAGCACUCCAACCAUAACAUCGACUCAAUCCAUUUCUACCCGCCCAUCUGUGGACGAGCCUCAAGUGCCACAGGUUCCACCCGUGCCUGAAGUGGCAGAAUCACCUGUCAGUCCUUUACCUCCAGCAACUCCGGAGCAAGAGGUACGUCCCGGUUUGGGACCUAUGGUGAAGAAAAAAUCUUCAAAGGACAUUGCGAGCACUUUUGCGCGAAUAGCAAAAACUGCUAACACUUCCGCAAAUGGCUUCAAACCCCGAGCUGGCGGGGCAGCGGAGCGUCUUCGGGGCCUCGAUCAAAGUAAUAAAUUUGGUGGCCCAGAUGUAAUGACAGAGGUUGUACCGGCUCCGUCACUUGUACGAGGACUUAGCACCGAGAACACAAGCGCUCCUCAGCCGGCGAUUUCAUCGCCAGGGAAGCCAUCGCCGCGCAAACAUAAUGACAGCAUACCUGAAGUCAAGAUCACUGUCCCACCGGGACGCCCUUCAAGUGUUGAAGGUCCUGUAAAACCAGCUCAAGAAAUUGUUUCAACGGACAAGCCAAAAUCCCGCGAGCCUCGCAGGCCGAAACCCGUCUCAGAGACCAUGCAAAAGGAGCUUGCAUCUUUGGGCGUAGAUACCACCAUCCUUGGUGGGCGCGGGAGCGAUUUGGUGGAGCUGUGGGAGCAAUUCGGCUGGGUUGGUGAUGGUAUACGUACAAAAAAUAUGGAUCAGAUGCAAGACGAGCUUGAUAGAGAACUCAACAAGGUCCAGGCUGGUGGUUGGUUAUCACGAAUGGACGAGGAAGAUGAUCGGAUCGAGGGUAUCAAGAAUGGUCUUGACAAGUGCAUUGAAGAGUGCGAGGAGCUUGAUGGUCUACUGACGCUAUAUUCAGUUGAACUAAGCACUCUCAAUGAAGACAUAGCAUAUAUCGAAGCUCAAUCACAAGGUCUCCAGGUACAGACAGCCAAUCAGCGACUACUGCAAGCCGAACUUAAAUCCUUGCUGGACACCAUUUCCAUUUCGUCGGAACAACUUGGGAGCUUACGUGAAGCUUCUUUAGAGUCACCUAGUGGUCUGGAGCAGAUUGAAUCGUCUUUGGUGACCUUGUUUAAGGCAAUGCUUACCAUAGAUCCGUCUCUCAGUCUUUCGGCUCCUCGAGCGAGUGAAGAUGGGUCGAUGGUCUCAGGAAAACCCGGUGCUUUCAGUAAUUCAGAGAUUGGUAGCAUGCGUGUUCUGCAGGAAAAGAAAGAUGUGUACAGGAACGAGAGUGCCAUGUUUCUGCGUCGGCUACGGCCAUUUUUACAAGUCAAGUUUGGUGCGGCUGUUGAUGAAACGCGAAAGGCUCUCGAACGAGAAAAGGGAAGCAAUCUAACCCGGGCGGCAGGUAAGGUUAAGCUCGACCCUCGAAAUCAUGACCUUUCUCGCGAACUGCUCUGGAGAUAUAGCCCUCUGAUGUUAUUUGCUCGGGAGGUUGAUAAGCCGGAGUGGGAAGAGCUCAUCAAAACUUACGAAACGAUUUGCAAACCCCUUUACCAAGACGAAUUCCGAGAUGCUACAUUUGCAUGGAAGCGCAUAGCCAGGAAACCCACUGGAGAUGAAGCCGACGUCCUGUUUACUUCGCAAGUUGAAAAACAAGAACAGAGUAUUACUACGACUGCUCGAAAGCUAACAGUCAAGCGAAGUCAAACCCUCGCGAAGAGUCUACGAUCUCCUAUAGGUGACAAUGGUAGCAAAACUGCCAUUGACAGGUCUGACGGGCGCCUCCAGCCUUACGAAGUGUUUGGUGGAGCGCUUGAUGAAAUGGUUCCUAUCAUGAGCAUGGAACAGAACUUCAUAGUAGAGUUCUUUCACGUCACUUCUUUAGACCAGCUCGACUUUCCUGACGCAGUCGCGUCUGCAACUCCCGACAGAAGGCACGGCGCUGAUUUGCGGCGUCCUCGUGUUAUGGAUCCUAACCGAGAUUUGGCAAAGCUCGUGAUACAGUCAAUGGAAGAGGUCUAUUCUUUUUUCGCUGGCGACAUCCAGUCGCUUGUAGAUUGGUCUAUCCAAGCCGAUCCAUUACAGGGUGUGGGUGUUAUCGUGGCCGUCGAGCGUAAGCUUGUCGACUUUGAAGAGUCUAGCCAGGAAUUCCUUUCGCGCACUUUGCAGAAAGUUCAUACCAAGCUCGUCAGCCUGUUCGACAAAUUCCUCGAUGAACAGAUCCGGGCAAUUGAAGACACCAAAGUCAAAAUCAAGAAGCGCAAGGGCGUCAUUGGCUUUAUCCGCAUAUUUCCCUCAUUCUCGCUGUCACUUGAGACUAUGCUUGCCUCGGCAGGUGACCUGGAAAUCCGCGAGACCGUAAACCGAGCAUAUGCUCGUAUCAACAAAGCAAUGUUCGAGUCCCUGAAAGUCAUUGCCAGGGAGAAUCCCGGAGCGCAAACCGCUGGCGCAGACCCAGAAGACAAGGAGGCCCUCAAUUACCAGAUUCUUCUAAUUGAAAACAUGAACCAUUAUCUGGAAGAAGUUGAUGCUCGCUCGAAUCCCGUCCUAGAGGACUGGAAGCAAAGCGCAGCACAGGAAAUGGAGGAACACAUGUCACUCUAUCUUGGGGCUGUUAUUCGCAGACCAUUAGGCAAACUUCUUGACUUUUUGGAAAGCACGGAGAGCUUGAUGCUCUCUCGACAACCCGGAGAAUCUUCAUCCCGAAUUUCCAGUAUGCCGAGUCACUCUAAGACGACGUUCAAGAAGAUUCUCGCCGGGUACGACUCGAAAGAAAUUAGACGUGGCAUUGAAACACUCAAAAAGCGGGUUGAGAAACAUUUUGGUGAUGCUGACGACCCAGGUCUUAGUCGUGGCCUCGUUUCAAAGGUGGUACAGAACUGCGAAAAGUAUUACGAGAAAGUUGAGGAUCGAAUCUUGACGAUAAGCAGAGAUGUGUAUGAUGGUGAUAUUGUAGCUGAGUGGACAAAGAGCGACGUCUCUGGGGCUUUUAGGAAAUAA